CCUUACCUACACCUCCCUCCCAGCACUCGCUGCUCACUCCACAUCGCAACGUUGUAGGCAACUUAUGAAUUUGUAUCCGCCAUCGGACACACCACAUACGAUUCACACCAUUCUCUUCGGACCGCUUGUUGCACUCCUCGUCGACACAGACCGUCCUCCUUAGGACCCCUCCAAUAUCGAACGAACAACCGUUUCCCACCUCUCUACACCUCCGUCUCAUGGGAUAAUUUCCUCUCAAUCCUUGGUAGCGGUUCAUAGUUGGAACCUCCGUACAUCAUACAUCCCGCCAGAAAACAGAACAGAAAAUCGCAACACGGAAAAGCAAGAUCCUCACCACACAUCCGUCGUUAUACCCCCGAUACCAUCCAGCUAUGAUCCACGCACUCAAGAACCCUGCUCUCUUCCGCAGCAGCAGCCGUCCUACCUCUCCGGCACCGGGCGUGACCUCUGACUCGGUCUUUGUCAACUCCGGCACGGCCACCGAGAGGCCAGGGCGGUCCCUCAACAAACUUACCUUCAGCUCGUUCAAGCGUCCGGCCACUCCCGUUGGCACCCCGGCGCCCACCCCGGCGCCCGCAACUCUCGUUCAGGACGGAUCCUAUCUCGAGGCCCUCAGCCUCAAGCUAAGCGAGGCGGUGUCCAAGGCUAUCCUCCAGCCUCCCGCUGCCGCCACCGCCACCGACCAGAUCGCUGGCAAGCGGCCCAUCCCGCCUGGCCGUGGCAAGGCCCUGUGCACGUUGAUUGUGUCGGAGUUGAAGGCGACACGCGACAACGCGCAUCUCUACAAGGCCACGCUCCGCUCGUUGCAGCGACCUUUGUCCGUGCUGUUGAACAACCUGUCGACCCAGCUGCUCCCACUGCUGUCGUCACCCACGUUCCUGGCUCCACCUGCCCCGAACGUCCAGGCACCGAACCCCAACACGACCCAGCUGCAUGCUCUCGCCAUCGCAGGCUUCUGCGGAGAGCUGCUCUCAGGCCUCGACGAGUGCGGGCUUGGCACGGAUCCGUCGCUGAAAUCCGUCCGAGACGGGCUCACGUCUAUAAUUGGCCGGGUCUCGAACCCGUUGGUUGCCGGUGUGAAGGCCGAGCUGAUGCCUCUCAUCGAAGCGUUGGAGACCCCUGCCUCGAGCACCGUCCCCAAGGCGUCCGUCAAGGCGGGCCCCGUCUUGCACCCGUCGAUUGUGUCGCUCCAGGCCCUCAUGCCGAUCUACUCGCGUGCGAUCGCGCGGUACACCGGCUCACCGUCGUCGCAGUCGACCCUCGCGACGUUCCUUAUCUCGGUCGUGUGGAAGGCGCUUGUUGCGCUGAGCCACCGUGCCAAGGUGCAGUCGCCCAUGACGUCCCCUCCGAGUUCUCCGGCGCUGCUGCCGUCCGGGAUGAAGCGGAACAGGCGUCCGUCGGGCAACAGCCCGCCGGCGACACCUCCCGCGUCGCGGUUCUCGCUUAAGCUGCCGCCCACGUCUAGGCCGCCUUCGCCGCCGGCGGUCGCCAUGACGUCCAAUGUCGCUGCUGAUGCACGCGCAUUGUACAAUUUACUGCACCUUCUCCCGCGCCCUCCGGCGAACAGCGAGGCGACUGCGGUCGCUAGGGAGGCGGUGGAUGAGGCGUUCUCGGAUCUGCAGGCGCUUACGGUUCUCCUGGAGAACACGGACAGCCCGUUCAUUUUCAUGAACAAGACCGAGGAAGAGGUUGCGGCGGAUCUCGAGGCGUGGACCGCGGAUCUGCCGACGGUUAUCGCGCUGCCUGUGCUGCUUCGCUGCAAGGCGUUGAGCGGCGGCGAGGGCGGCGGUGGCGCGGGUGCGGGCGGGCAUCAGACGCCGGUGACGGCGGCGUCGGUCGCGUCAAUGGUUGGGCUGGCGGAAGAGGAUUAUAGGCGGGGGUGUUUGUCUGGGUUUGGGAGGGCGGAGGAGUGUGGGCCGAUUGUGACGCAGCGCGUGUUGGAGGGUCUUUGUGCGCAGGCUCAGGCAGAGACGAGGGACGUUGUGAGCUGGUUGGAGGGCCGGCUUAGUGCUGGCGAGCCUUGAAGCCCGAAGGCUGAAGUUUUCAAAGGUGAUGACUCGAGGGGCGAAUAGGAGAGGAGAGGAGAAGAAGGGGAGACGCUGGGUCCGUCUUACCGAGUGAACCAGGCUGAAGUGAGGAGUAGGUGGAAGCAGGUGGCCCGUGGGUUGUCAUCGUACCGAUAGUUGAAAUAAUGGUCAGUUAUUUACUUAGCCGUUUUUGUUUAUGUGUG